AUGGGUAUUUUCUACGUCUAUUUCUCUCAGGUCAGCACCGAUGUCACUUGGCGUAUUGUGGGCACCUUCAGCGACGCCGCCACCGCCGACGAAUGGUGGCGUGCCGUGUCAAGGGCCCAGUUGCCAGGAGCGAAUGCCAACCUGCUGGCCGACAUCAAGCGCAUCAACCCCCAGUUCUACAACCAUAACGCUGCGGUCUUCAACGUGCUCAAUUUCUUCAGCGACGCGCGCGUGAACACUAUUUCAGAAUCCUUCCGUGGUCGUGCGUUCCUCACGCUUCAGAACGACCGCGGCGCGAGAGGGGUGGAUAUCAUCCCUGAUCAGGGUGUCACCGACCUCAUUAGCGGAGACUGGUUCUACAUUCGUUCCAGUGUCGAUCCAACCAGUUACUGGUUCUACGACUCUGGCAGAUCUAGGGUGGUCGUAUCCACGACCAGGCGCACCAUGUUCCGUGUGGUCGCGAAGAAUGUGCCAGAUAGAACGGUCAUGAUUCGCUCCGACACAGUUGCUUUGUUUGCGUGGCCACAGAGUAGGCCGAUCUACAUUGAUUCCCAAGGAAACCUCAUUGGAGGAGGCAGUAGCGAUUGGACCUUCGACUUUGAAGACUUCGGCACCGGUCGCUUUGUCGAUUCUGACAGCGGCAUUGUGUAUGGGAACAUUGCCGACAACGCGCCGAAGAAGCCAGGAUGGGAGCUCGUGAAUUAG